CUUUAAAACUCUGCAACGUCGCGCCAUGCCCGUUAUACAUUCCGUGGGUCACCGCGAGAGUUGCGUGUUUAAGUCCGCGAAAGAACAGGUGUGUGUCUGCGUGUGUGCGCGCGUGCGUGUUGGUGAUGUCUAACGGGGAGCGCGUGGUUCUGGUCCUCGGUGGAGCCGGUACUGUGGGCUCUGGGCUGGUGAAGGCGCUUUUGGACAGAGGUUUUAAGGUUGCUGUGAUCUCCAGAGACAAGAACAAACUAGAGAGGCUCAGAGGCUUUGUGUCACCCCCUACCAAAGGCAACUUGACUACUCUGGUAGGGAAUGUUGGUUCAGAGGAGGAAGCUGAAGAGGUGAAGCAAACCCUGUUGAAGUCUGUGGGGAAGAUUACAGAUGUGGUGUCAUCUCUGGGCUUCAGCUGGUGGCAAAAAGGGCCACCACACAUCCAGCCUCUCAAAGAACUCCACUGGGUUAUUGAAACACUUCUGUUCAGCACAUUUGUAUCAUGGAAAGCAUUCUUCCCCCUGGUGAGAGAUGAUCCCAAUUGCACCUACACAUUUAUUACAGGGGGCGCUGGGGAAAAGCUGCUGAUGCCAGGCACAGGCUUCUUAACAGUGGGCUCAGCCAGCACUCUGGCAUUUUGUCAGAUUCUGCGAGAAGAGUACCCAGACGUUCCCUGCAAACUUAAUGAGGUGAAGAUUAACACAGGUGUUGGUACCCCAGAGCGCAUGAGGCCUGGGUACCUCAGUCAUGUGGAGUUAGGGGAGGCUGUGGCUACGCUGGUGGAAAAUAAGAAUAAAUCUCACACUGUCUUCACCAUAAAUUGCCCUGCCGACCUAAAAACCGUCAUCCUGUAAAGUUGAGGGCGAGCUGGAGACUCCAUUCAUCCCCAAACAAUGCCAUAAAGACUUCAGAUUAUCAAAAACACAGCAUGUUGGUUAUACUUAGCAUCCAGUUUAUUGUUGUUUAUUUGUGCCGUUUACUUUGCAUGCCAAUUAAUACACAAAGCUUAAAAAUCGUCAAUGCUUUUCCAUUGUAUUUAGGUCAGACUAACACAAUACACAGUAGAAUUGCACAUCAUCUCAAGCUGUAGCUGCGUGCAGAUACACUUGGUUUGAAAAUAACAGUGUGACUCAAGAGGUACAGAAAUGGACUACUUGGUCAUGUGAAAAUGAAAGAGAAGAAAUAUCUUGGACUGUACUUCAGCUUUAUAGUUUAAUCCAGACUUCAGGUUGAUGAGAGAGUGUUAGGACUGGAGGAGGGAUCUGAUUUCCCUUGCGUGACUCCCUGCCCUGUUCACAAAUAUCUCUUGGUCUGUUUAUGUGGAUCCAAUCUGUUCUGCUUAUGUGGUUCCAGUUAACACCACACUGGCUGAAAAUAAACAGAGACGAAAGGGGAGAACAUGCAUGUGUCCUAACAAGGGAGACAUCAUAGAAAGUAGAUCUUUUGUUUGUUUACUGUCAUGGUGUAAUUUACAUUUGCUUGAAUAUCUAUUUGUCAUUCCAAUAAAAAAAGAAAAAAAUGAAA